AUGUGGUGCAUAAAUAAGGUGUUGUGCUGCUUUGUGUACUGUACUGAUGAGAGCCAGCCCUGGGUGCUGCCCGUGGUGAAGAAGGUGGAGCGGCUGAUUGUGGAGGAUGACAGUCUGAACCAUGAGUACCUGCCCAUCCUGGGCCUGCCCGAGUUUCGCUUUGCUGCCUCCAAAGUUGCCCUGGGAGACGACAGCGCUGCCAUUAAGGAGAACAGGGUGGGAGGAGUCCAGUCUCUGGGCGGGACAGGUGCUCUGAAAAUCGGUGCAGAGUCCCUGCGGAAGUGGUACAACAGUGUCAACAACGCAGCCACGCCCAUCUACGUCUCAGCGCCCACAUGGGAAAAUCAUAAUGAUGCUGUCGACAGUAUAUUCAGGGUUGGAUUAUGCAUUAGCAUAGCAUAG